GUUUCCAUCCAGGAACAGCAAAAGCUCUGCAAGAAGAGAAAAAAGGAUGCCGAUCAGAUUGAGAAGACACGUCUUGCAAAGGUCGAGAAGGCUCUUGAAAUUCUGACGGGAGAGCUUGGCAAAUACAAAGACGCUGUCAUCACUAACGAGGCACAGAGCAUGAUGCAGACAAAACUGCAGAUCGAAGAGCAAGCAAUCCUGGACGAGAUCAAUCGGGCGAACGACAUCUCUCCAGCAGCAGAUGCAGCCCUCGCAUCGUGCACCAAUCAGGCUGUGGAGACCAAAAUGGAAAUCGACAGGAUCACCAAGGAGACAGCCGCAGGUUUGAGGGAGAAGGCUCAGCUGCCUUCGACCUUGGCCAUGGAGGGCACCCAGGUUGCCUUGAACAUCUUGUUACGUGCAGAAAAUCAGAAGAAGAAACAGAUCCAGGUGACGGAGAAGGAGCUGGCAGCAUUCGAGCGCGCUUUGCAGCAGAAGACCGAGGAUUUCAAUCGAGGUGACCGGACUGCUCUUGCCCAAACAAUGAGCGAGGUGGAAGAUAGAAGAAAGUCCUUGCAGCAGCAGAAAGAAGAACUUUGCAAGGUGCAGGAAAGCAAAGGCAAAGCUGAGUUUCAAUACGAGUCUCUGCGAUGGCUGGAGCACGUGACCUUCUCCUUUCACAAGCCCGCCAUCUCGCCGCGCAGCAAGGUCAAAGAGAAUGCCGGCGAGUUUGAGAUGUUCCAAGUCCCACAGGAGGUGCAAGAGGCGGAGGCAAUUCCUGAAGUGGGCACUCCUGGGCCGGAGUCCAAUGCAUUGUGGACAGAAGUUCCUUCCCUUAUCGAGAAAAUUGUCCAAGAGACGCUUCAGGAGAAAUAUGAGAAAUGGGCAAUCCAGGAAGACUACGACCGCUUUGAGAAUGACAAGCUUGAACAAGAGAAAGAGAAACUCGAAGAAGAUAACCAGAAGCUCAAACGAGAGAACAAGGUCUUGAAGCAACAGAUGCAACAGCUCCAAGCGUUGCAAGCCUGCAAGGAUGAUCGUAGUGACACCUGCUCAGACACCACUACCCUAUGGGAGAUGCUGGAGGACGAAGGUCCCAGCCAACCACCAGAUCCUGCACUUGAAGAUGGACCAAGUCCUGUUUAG